AUGGCCGGCGACUUCUUCGGGGUGGGGGAGUGCGAUGGCCAGAGGACCAUCGACGGGCAGCAGGUGCCGCUCGUGCUCACGCCGGCGUCGCCGUCCGUUGGCGGCGGCGGCGAGGCGCUGGCGGCGCUGCUGCGGGCCAACCGCGAGUGGGUGGAGUCCAGGGUGGUGGCGAACAGCGCGGUGCUGCUGCGCGGGUUCGGCGUGCGCGACGCCGCCGAGUUCGACACCGUCGUGGACGCGCUCGGGUGGCCGGACAUCCGGUACUUCGGCCCGGCGCCUCGCACCCACGUCCACGGCCGCGUCUGGACCGCCAACGAGGGGCCCCUCCACGAGUUCAUCUACUUCCACCACGAGAUGGUCCUGAUAAAGGAGUUCCCGGGGAAGGUGAUACUGUUCUGCGAGGUGCCGCCGCCGGAGGGAGGGGAGACGCCGUUCGUGCCGAGCUUCCGGGUGACGGAGCGGGUGGUGGAGGAGUUCCCGGAGAUGGUGGAGGAGCUCGACGAGAAGGGGCUCCGGUACACGUUCAUGGCGCCGACCAAGAACGACACCAAGUCCAUGCGCGGCCGAGGGUGGGAGGACGCCUUCGCCACCGCCGACAAGGCCGAGGCCGAGAAGAGGGCGAGGGCGCUAGGGAUGGAGGUGGAGUGGACGGCGGACGGCGGGGCGAAGACCAUCCUGGGCCCGCGGAAGCUGACGCGCGUCUUCCCGGAGCGCCCGGGGCGCCGGAUGUGGUUCAACACGGUGGUGGGGAUGCACGGCACCGAGGUGAGCACGGCGACCAUGGCCGACGGGUCGGAGAUCCCGGCGGGCUUCGUGCGGCGGUGCCGCGACAUCAUCGAGGAGGAGAGCAUCCAGUUCCGGUGGGAGAAGGGCGACGUGCUCAUCCUCGACAACCUCGCCACCCUCCACGGCCGCCGCCCCUCGCUGCCGCCCAGGAGGGUCCUCGUCGCCACCUGCAAGUGAAGUGAUCAUGCAUCUUACGAUGGUACUAUUCCUAGUUAUAAAUAAGAGCUGAAAGAAAAAUCCAUUUGGAUUAAGUCAAGGGGAUGAUGUUACAUUUAUGAUUUUACUCCUAAUUGUUCUCUUCUUUUUUUUUUCAGUUCCAAAAUAUAAUUAUUUAUGCAUGUUUGUUUGUUCGGAGUAGCGAGUGAGAGAGGAGAGUUGCUACGUGUGGCCGGUCAGGUUAAUGAUGUAUUAGUAGCUGUGUGUGUUUUUUCAUCUUGUGUCAGUGUGUGAUCAUGUCUCCAUUAGUAGCUGUGCUUGCCAAAUUACAUGUGACCCUGUCUUGUGUGGUUUUCUUCCUCCCUGGAUAUAA